CUCUGGAUAAAACUAUAGUCUUCGAUAAUGAACAACUAACAGCAAUUGCAAAUGGAACACCAUUUAAAUACCUAAGAGCAUGGUUCUCAACAAAUAAAAAGCCAACAUUAGUACAAAAAGAAAUUAUGGCCGAAGCAGUAAUUAAUCUAAAGAAGCUACAAUUCGCCUAUAUAACAGAAAAACAAGCAAUUUAUAUAAUCAAUAGUGUUAUUACUCCUCGCCUCUUAUACCGACUAUACUCUUCUUUUCUAUCAGCUGCGCAAACAAAUGCUCUUAACAAAACCUGCAUUAAACUAAUCAAAAACAAAGCAAAACUAGCACGAGGA